UGUCCCACUAAGCGGUUUCUGAGCGUGAAGGGACUCGUCCCUACAGCCACGGAUGCACGGUGCAACAUGGCGACAGAGUUUCAUAACCUGCAGGAGUUGAGGCACAGUGCAUCUCUGGCCAACAAAGUAUUCAUUCAGAGAGACUACAGUGAAGGAACCACCUGCAAGUUUCAGACCAAGUUCCCCUCUGAGUUGGAGAGCAGGAUUGAGCGAACACUGUUUGAGGACACUGUGAAGACGCUGAAUAACUAUUAUGCAGAGGCGGAAAAGAUUGGAGGACAGUCCUACUUGGAAGGGUGUCUGGCCUGCGCUACAGCAUAUCUCAUUUUCCUCUGCAUGGAGACACGUUACGAGAAGGUGCUGAAGAAGAUUGCCAAGUACAUUCAGGAGCAGAAUGAGAAGAUUUAUGCUCCCAGAGGUCUCCUUAUCACAGAUCCCAUAGAAAGGGGAAUGCGUGUUAUAGAGAUCUCCAUCUAUGAAGAUCGGGGCUCCAGUGGCUCCAGCUCAGGGAGCAGCUCUGUGUCCGGCAGCACUGCUCGAUGACUGGAUACUUCCUAAACCUGCGUCCACCUGAUCACUCACAACCAUGAAGGAAAACCUAGGAUGUAAUACGACUCCUCCUCCAACACCAACCACCCCCUCAGCUACGCUCACACAAAGUAUUCACUAGUUUUUCCCCCCCCCAUCAUGUCCUUAACUUGUUCACAGUAGACACUUGAAACACGCACUUUAGUGGUUUAUUACGAAAGAAAUGUGCAGGUGCUGAUGCACUUUUGCUAAGAUGUAAUGUCUCAAUGAAAAGGAUGAAAAGAUGCAGCUAGUAAUGCUUUGUGUGAUCCCACCAUUUCUCUCCUUCCUGUCUGAUUUCAAGAUAAAAGGGACGAAGUGCCUCAUCUGCUGUCAUUGUACCACGUAGGCCAGAUCAACCUGGGCUGCACCCCAAAAACACUGGACCAAACACAAGACUAGACCCCAAAUUCAGCACAUCUUCCAAAUCGGCUCUAAAUCAUGCUGUCUGGCAGCAGAUGAACGUCAUUUAAGUCAUCCAUAAUGUAGCAGAUCCUCCAUAUUUCUGAUGAAGCUUGUAUUUCCUUUUUUAAAGUCAUAGCCACAAAUCCAAGUACUAACCUCUUGGUUUCACUGAGCGAGAGCAACUCUUCCUAAAUUUAGAUUAUGCAAAGACUCGUUGCGCGUGAAGCGCAGCAGUAAGUAAAGAAGGGAUGGGUCAAAAACGUCUUCCUAAAUUAUACCCGUAAGUGUUUAUGAAAAUACACCAACCCUUCCUUGCUUUAUGAACAGACUUCCAAAGAAAAAUAACUGCCAAAAAACAAACAAACUGGCUCACAAAUGUGAAUGUUUCUUUUAUUUUGGUGACAUUUUGUGCAAGAACAAGUUUUCAUACUGCUUAUUGUUUUAAUACACAUGGUAGAAAUGACUGGCGUCAAAUAAACAGUUUCAUCACAGCCCCAUCGA